UCCAAUCGAGGCCGAUAAAAAUACUUUGGUUAAAUUAGCUAAAAGAACAAAAAAAAACAAUAUUGCUGUUGAUGUCAUAAAUUUUGGUGAGGAGGCUGAAAAUACUGCGAAAUUAGAUGCAUUUGUGAAUGCAGUCAAGAGUGGCGAUAACAGUCAUCUUGUUACGGUUCCUCCUGGCCCCCAUAUUCUUAGUGAAAUUUUGAUAUUAUCUCCAAUAAUAGCAGGUGAAGAUGGAGGUGUUCCUACUGGAUUUUCUGUUGGUGGUGGAGGCAGUUAUGAAUUCGGUGUUGAUCCGAAUCUUGAUCCCGAGUUGGCGAUGGCUGCAAAAACUACCACUGCAGCGGUUGUCAUUCAAGAAACAGAAUCAACAACGAUGGCUGUCGAUCAACCAAUUGCAGGUGGUGAUCGGAAUGAAGUUUCUUUGGUACAAUCAUUGGUUUCAGAAAACGAUGGGGAUGUGCAAAUGGAAGAACUAACCGAAGAUGAACAAAUGGCUCGUGCCAUCGAAAUGUCAAUGCAAAGUGGCGAUGGAAUUGUUGUAUCGGAUGAAGUUAUGAGUUCUGUGUUACAGUCCCUACCUGGAGUUGAUACCCAUGAUCCAAGAAUUCAGAAUGUUCUUCAACAGGGAUUUUCAGGAAAUAACAAUCGAAAGGAGAAUGAUGGAAAAGAUGGUGAAAAUGAGAAAAAAAAAUAA